AUGUUUAGUGAUACAAAAAUUCAAAAUGAAUUGGAGCUAUAUUAUUUAAAAACAAAAGAAUGGGUUAAUAAAAAUAAUAGUGACACAAAUAACAAUAAUAUAAAUAUAGAUAUAAAUAAUAAUACAAAUCAGUUAAUAAAAAAUGAUGAUAUAAUCUCUAUAAAUAACCUAUUAAAUAACAUUUUUAACCAUAUAGAAAAUUUAACUAUUGAAGAAGUUGAAAAAAACUAUAAAUCUUUAAUCCUAUUUUUAAAUUAUUUAACCUCAAUACCAUUAUUCACUUUAUUUAAUAAUAAUAAUAAUAAUAAUAAUAAUAAUAAUAAUAAUAAUAAUAAUAAUAAUAAUAAUAAUAAUAAUAAUAAUAAUAAUAACAAUAAUAAUAAUAAUAAUAAAUUUAAUAAAAUAAGUAAUAUUUUAACUAAUAUUUCGGUAUUAAUUCAAAAAAUAUUAAUAUCUCUAUAUAACAAAACAAAUAGAUCUAGCAAAUAG